AGGGCCGCCCAAUUAAUCACAACUGCUUUGGCAGCCGUGUAUAAUGAUCAGAUUGUUGUUCCAGGACACUGGGAUGGGAAUGAUUAUGCACUCCUGGCGAGGGCUGUAGAGCACCUUGACGUGGGCGAGUAUCACCUAGACCCCCUCAAAUGGUCAUGGAAGGGGCACGGAGCACAGCCUGAUGGGACGAGCAAAACACAGCAGUUUAUUAUACCUGCAGUAGCAGCUUACAUGAAAGCAGAGAAG